UAAUCUUGCAGUUGUUUAUGAAGGCAGGCCAAUGAUUCACAGACUGCUGAGAUAAUGAUGGUUUUGUGGAUAUCUGUCAUGCUUCUAAAUGAAAUGUACACAACACAUUCUAAUGAUUUUUAUCAACCAGAUCCAGUGAUAAUGGUCUCUGCUGGGGACAAUGUCACUCUGCGCUGUUUUUUUCUGAUAGAUCACACAGAUCCAAUUACUUGGUACAAGCAAACCUCUGGACACCAACCACAACUUGUUGGGAUGGUGCAGACAUUUGCCAUAACUCCUAAUUUCUUCGACAACUUUAAAUCCUCACGUUUUAGCAUUGAGACAGACAUAAAAAAAUGUCAUUUAAGGAUUUCAAAUGUCACUUCAUCGGAUGAAGCAAUGUAUUACUGUGGCUGGAGAAAGUAUGAAACUCUCUUUACUAGAGGCACAUACUUGGCUUUGAAAGGGUCAAAAAACAACCAAUAUAAAUCCAAGGUGUCUGUUCUUCAGCUUCCCGAAUCAGAGCCUGUUCAAUCUGGGGACACAGUGACCCUGCAGUGCUCUGUGCUGUAUGAACACAGCACCACAGAUAUCAGGAUGUUCUGGUUCAGAUCCGAUUCAGGAAAAUCUGUUCCAGAAAUCCUCUACAUUCAUAAUCAGUCUAAUCAUUGUGAGACUGAUUCUACACAGAGCUGCACUUUCAAACUGUUUAAAAACAUUAGCAGCCAAAUGGACACGGGCACUUACUACUGCGCCGUGGUCACCUGUGGAAAAAUUCUCUUUGGGAAUGGGACAAGAAUAAAUAUGGUAAAUCCAGUGGAUCCUCUGGUGAUUAUUUUGGGUGUGUUAUUGGGUGUUUGUAUGAUUGUUAUCACUGCUCAAGCUGUUUUAAGUCAUAAAAAGGAAAGAUACUACAAUAACAAAGAAAAAACUCUACAAGACAUUGAAAAAGAACGUCCCUCCAGUCAGGACCAUGAUGCAGUGGAGUUGAGUUAUGCUGCUUUACAUUUUAAGGAGAGAAAAAACAGAAGAGUGCAAAGGAAUGGGGAAACGCCUCAAGACAGAAUGUACAGCCUGAUCAAUAACCCCCAUGAGACCGGCUAUAGUGUAGCUGAGUACAGAAGUGUAUAGAACUAGAGAGCAAAUGUAUGGUGAAUUAUUUACUAACUAGCUAGAUGUGUGUUUUUGUUAUUACAUUAUUGCAUGAAUUUUUGUAAUAAAAUUG